UGGGCUAGAGACUCAGAAAGCCCUGUCUUGGCAGUUCAGGCUUGGAGAGGGCGAGCUUGUACUGAUCUCUGAAGCGACAAAACCCUAAAGAGGGAAAAGCUAGGAAAUCUUGUUGCUGCAGUUAGCGGAACCCCUCUGUUGAUUCUUCCUCCUCUCGUUUCAAAGAAUCAAAAUGAGGCCUCUAGACGAGACUGAAACGGAUGCUGUUUUCAGGAAGCUCCACUCUUUCACUGGCCACAAUCUCAAGAACAUCGUCGAGAACUCUACCCAUGAAGGUCCUGAACCGAAUCCAGGUCGCUACUGCUUCAGGCUUCACAAGAACAAGGUAUACUAUGUCAGCGAGUCCUUGGUGAAGCGAGCCACUAAUAUAAGCCGUAAGAAUUUGGCAUCACUCGGCACUUGCAUAGGCAAAUUCACGCAUGGAGGCAACUUUCACCUGACUAUUCAGGCCUUGAAUUUGUUGGCUGCAAAUGCCAAACACAAAGUUUGGUUGAAACCCACAUCAGAAAUGUCGUUUCUUUAUGGAAAUCAUGUGUUGAAAGGUGGAUUGGGGAGGAUUACUGACAGUAUUUCCAAAAAUGAUGGGGUUGUAGUGUUCUCUAUGUCUGAUGUGCCUUUAGGGUUUGGCUCCGCAGCAAGAUCCACCCAGGAUUGUAGGAAGUUGGAUCCUAAUGGAAUCGUGGUGCAUCACCAGGCGGAUGCUGGUGAAUAUUUGAGGAUGGAGGAUGAGCUUUGAUAGUAUUGAGGAUCCCUCAGGGGUUUUAGGAGGGUUUUGGGAUGUGGGUCUUCGUUGAUGAUAUAGAGACAUGCUAGUUAAUGUAAGUGUGUCUUAUCUAAUUUUGAGUAAAAUGAGGUUGUUGUUGUGAUUUUCUGGUAAUUUGAUGAACUGGGUUGUCAUUUCUAUGUUA